CAAAGGCAUCUGAAUGCAGCACAAGAUAAAGGAUGUGACUUCAGGGUAGUGUGAAAUAUUAGCCUGAUUGUUUCUUGCCACACACACCUGAGUGUUUGUCUCUCUGACACAGAGACAGCAGUGUCUUUCUAAUGUGCUGAACUAAAAGAAGAAGUUCCUCCAGACAGAUGACACCGGGUCCAGCAGCUCUGUGUCCAUGUCUGCCUCUCCCUCCCUGUCUCCCCCGACUCACAUGACGUCAUUUUAUAUCACGGCUGUCAGUUGAGCGGAGAACGAGGAGAGGCCGCGCAUGCGCAGACGCCCUGGGUAUGAGAAAAAAAUGAAGUAAGCGUCACGGACCGGUGCAGCAGCAGCAGCAGAAGCAGCAGCAGUGUGUUCCCAUCACGAAGAGAGCCGCCUUUCCACCCAGCAUCUUCACCAACCGACACCGAACUCGAGUGGGAAACACACACAACUACCAGUCAGACUGUCCUCCGGUGUCCAGAGUUCCCCCUCCUCCUCCUCAAAAUGUCCGUGGGCAGUGACUUUGGAAACCCUUUAAGAAAAUUCAAACUCGUCUUUCUGGGGGAGCAAAGUGUUGGAAAGACGUCUCUGAUCACACGGUUCAUGUAUGACAGCUUUGACAACACAUAUCAGGCCACAAUUGGAAUUGACUUCCUGUCGAAAACCAUGUACUUGGAAGAUCGAACGGUGAGGUUGCAGCUCUGGGACACAGCGGGACAGGAGCGUUUCAGGAGCCUCAUUCCCAGUUAUAUACGGGACUCCACUGUGGCUGUGGUGGUCUACGACAUUACAAAUGUUAACUCAUUCCAGCAGACGUCAAAAUGGAUUGAAGAUGUGAGGACAGAGAGAGGAAGUGAUGUCAUCAUUAUGCUUGUCGGCAAUAAAACAGACCUGGCAGAUAAGAGGCAAAUCACAAUUGAGGAAGGUGAGCAGAGGGCUAAGGAGCUGAGCGUCAUGUUCAUAGAGACCAGCGCCAAAACGGGGUACAACGUCAAACAGCUGUUUCGGCGUGUGGCAGCUGCUCUCCCAGGAAUGGAAAGUAUGCAAGAAACAAGCAAAGAAGGCAUGAUUGACAUCAAGUUGGACAAGCCUCAGGAGCCCCAGACUACUGAGGGCGGCUGUUCCUGUUAAUACUCAGCACCAUCCUGGAACAAAAAACAUCAUUUACACCACAUGCUUGUUAUGUCGCUUCCUAUUGGUUAACCUGCAGUUGACUUUGCACGUUGAGAAUCUGGCCUCCUUCACCUGACUAUUGGUCAUCGGUUGGACCUAGCAAUAUGUGAAUUUGGUUCUAAAGUAGUGUAGCCUACUUUGUUAAUGAAACUGCCAAAAAAAAGUCGUACAACUUGCAAAAAAAAGAAAAGAUGUGAAAAAAGAUCCCCAAGUUACAUCUGUGGAUACGAUUUUUUUAAGUAGAAAAGGAAGUUUCCCCAGUUUCUUUUUUGUAUUUUUGUAUAUUCAGGGAAAUCUCUCUGGAAAGGUUGUUUUUGUAAAAGAUGCAAACAACUCAGCUCUGUGUUUGAGAGCUCGAUAGGAACAGAUGGUUUUAGACGUAUUUUUACGGAUCCCACUCUUGUUAUGGGCAAAAACGGAGGUCAUUCCCACAUUAUUACCUAGAUGCUAAUCCCGUGAAAACCUAACCCUAACCCCUUACACAGCCAUUUUUGACUUUCUACCUGCACUUAACCAUUUCAAGGCUUAUUACCUAAACAUAACUAAUUUUAAUCUGAAGCCUAAACCCUGCUGUCCAGUUUGGCAGGCCAAUCACAGCGCUCCUGCCCAUAAUUCCUGUGGGAUCCAUAAUUUUGCGUUGCAGGAACUGAACAGUAACAUCUUGAGUAUCUAAUGCAUGCCUAGUUUUUGAGCAUAGGUACUGUCUACCAGUGUACACAAUAUGUAAAUGGUAACAUUACACCAGUGACUUAAUGCACUCUGAUAAUGACUAGUCCAAGUCUUUUUGUUUAUGAAAACUGUUGAACUGGAUUUGUAUACUUGACUUCAGAAUAUCUCUUUGUCGUGCGUGUGUGUAUAAAUGUGUGCUUUCUGUAUAGGCAACGUUAGAAUGCAGAUAUAUAGAGGGCCACUGCCAAGUCGUGUCAUUCUUGCCACAUUAACGGCACCAUUAAGAUCACCAUUUGUUUGCAGUAUGUCAUAGAUUUCCCCUCCCCACUCACAACGAAAUGACAUCUGCUGUUGCAUCGUGUGAUAUCUUGGUAGUUGUGAUUAUGGUAGUCUGCACAUUAUGCUGUAAGUGAGCAGUGGAGAAUCAAAGCCCUUGCCUUGUGUCACAGAGGAACAAAGUUCCCCGUGUGGUGAUCUGUAGACUUUAAUGACAGUCCUCCCCCAAAAAACAACAUAGGUCAUUUGUACAAGCAGGUUACUACGGCGCAAAGUCACGUUUAUUUUCAGGUGGCGACCUCUAGUGGCUGUAGUGACAGGAGCAAAGGAGGAAGUCAGGUGUCGUAGUAUAAAGAGCAACAAAGUCUGCAUAGCGAGGAGGUCGGGUGGGCGGACGGGUCCAGGACACAGGACUAUGACCCAGAACACCACUGUUCGUGUUGAUGUAUUAUUAGAUCUGAUGCCUAUUCAGUCCUGUGAGACUUGCUCGCUUAGCACAUAUGCCAAGAAACAUUUCUAGCUUCUAGUUGUACUUCAGCAAUAUGCAGCCUGCUGAAUAUGCGCAGUAGUGUUUCUCCUGCUGGUCCCACUCAAGAGUUCCCGCUCAGCUCACAGACUUUACAUUAUGAUGACCGAUUUUUGAAUCGCUUUUCUUGGCUUGAGGAAAGUUUUACAAAUAAUAGUAGAAAGAAAAAAAUAGUAGAAAGAGUCAUGAUUGGCCUUGCUUGCAGUUUGAGAUGUAACCAAAAGUCAAGUUAGGCCUGUGUAUGUAACAUACGUGACAUAAUGUCCUCACGUUAAAGUAAUGUACUCAAGCCAACUUGCAUGAGUAACUGAAACUACAUAACAAACCUACUUAUUUGGACCUGAACCUCGAUCUUUUCCUACUCCUAACCAAGUAUUUUUGUUGCCUAAAUAUAUGUACGUCAUCCACAUGUUAAAAAACAGUGACCGUUAAUGGUCACAUCGUUUUGCGAGUCAUUGGCAAAUGAGCUGUCGUUGAGGCAUGAGGACGUGUUAAUCUCAUAGGUAUACAUAGAGAUCUGGAUAUAGCAUUGGAAGCGGGGCCCUGUUAAUUCCUUUAAAAAUGGCUCAGUGGCGCAUGAUGGCAGAAAAGAUCUGGGUAUAAAAUUACCUGGAUCUUCUCCAUCAGUUGGCCCAUAGAGCGAGCGCAGAAGACACUUCAACAAGCGAGUGGCAAAGGUCAGGUUUAGCCCUUUGGUAUUUUUGAAUGGGGAUAACAUGAUAUAAUCAUUCGGCUCUUCUAGACUGUGUUUUCGGACCACAUGGAUGAUAUGGGAGUGAUCGGCACUACCUUCGCACUGUGCAGCCCAUAGAGCAGGCAAACUAGAGACUGACGGUGGCUGAGUGUCUUAUUUCCAUUGGCUGAAUGGCAGAUUUUCUCUUUCGUGCUUUGCCAACUUGAACGACUCUUCAAGACUCCAAAAUGUUAUCAGACCAAAUGGAUCACAUCCUGAUAGUAAAGCAAGUAAUUUUGCGAGGUUGUGAUGUUCAAAAAAAACAUUAUCCUCUCAUUUACAGAUGUCUUUAUCAACAUGUUAGUCAAUGGGGAAAAGUCUUUUGGGCCACAGGGAGUCACGUGACGGACCGUGGAAAUUGCAGUAACGCGGUUUGGCCACUGUGAAAGUUGGCUUCAAAGCCUGGUGCACUUGCUGGGGGCCUGGGAACAACACUUUAUGAAUGCAAUUGACUAGACUUGAACAAAUGACCUGUGUGGUUGUACGGGUUGGAGGACUUGUUGACUUUAAUGCAGGUUCUGUGAUCCAAACAGACCGCUAACAACUUAAACCAGUGCAUUGUAAACCAGUUCUAUUCCUGACAGAAGACUAAUUUGCACAUGUAGACCUUUCAGGUUAAUAUGAAGUUCUGAAAAGCUUCAUUGUAAAUGUACAGUCACUGAAGGCGCGUCUGAUUGUCACGUGACGUGUCCCCACUGAGAUGAGGUUUUCUUUGCUGCUUGUGUUUAAACUGACUACUGACGCUGGCAUUAUGCAAUGUUGCAAUGUUGUUUAAAUUUGGUCUUAACACACUGGCGGUGAAGUCGGCCAGUGACGAGAACACUACUUUGAUUUGACUCGUCUUUGAAGUGAAAUCUUACUGCACUUUUGAAGAACAUGUGUUAGAAUUAGAGUGACAAUGUAAGUCUUAGAAACAUGGUUUAAAAAAAGAAUCUUUAUCUCCAGAACAUUUGGAGUACUGUGUCUUAGAGUAGACUUUAUGAAUUGUUCACACAUGUCCAAAAAAGGGGAGCACUCUUGUGAGAACUAGUGAACCUUUCUAACCCACAUAAUGAGCCAAAUAAUAAUAAUAAUAAUACUAAGAGACAGAGUUGGAUCAAAUAUCACAGGAGACACAGACUGGAACACACUCUCUUGUGGGUUUGGGAAAGACAAAGACAGGUUGCUUUUAAAGUUAAAAUCCCUGGAAAUGAAAGACAAAGUGAUAAUGUAUCAACCCUCUGCGUCGCUGCCUAUUUAUUAUCUCCAAACAGGAAUGUACUGCUCUUAUUACCGACCACACAGCCUUGUAAAGAGAGCACUUUUUGAGAAAUGACUCAUUGGGUUUUUAUUUUUAAAAAGGACAAAUGAUUAUUCAGUAGACGUACCUUUGUAUUUAUUCCCCUUGCAUAUUGAAGUCCCACUUAGAGGCCCGUUUGAGCAUUCCCUGGAAAUGGACCAAGUAGUGCAACAAAUGUCUUUGCGUGUCGGGGGUCUGCGUUUGAGGAUGGAGGCCGUGGCCAUUCCCUGGGGGUGUGUACGUUCUGUCACAGCUCUGUGCAGCAGACCUGAUCAGUCCAGAGCUGACUCUCCAUUCACACUGUACAGAGAUCUAGCAUGUCUCUCCAAAUGAUUAAUAAAGAUGU